AUGUCUUCAACCCCACGCGAAGUUGGCACACUCAUUGUCGUUGUUCUCAAAGCAAACCAUCUUCCAAACAAGAGACACAUCGGCAAGCAGGAUCCAUACUGCCUUGUCGUGGUAAAUGGUGAGAAACGAAGAACCAAGGCUAUCAAACGUGGUGGUCAACAUCCAGAGUGGGACGAAGAAAUCAGGUUUACUCUCUAUGAAGACGUGGAGGACGUGCUGGCUCGAACCGCUAAAGGAGAUGGGACUCCUCCUCCUCCUCCUCCAAAGGGUGCCAUGGUUCAGAAGAAAAUUAAAGGUGGCAAGACUAUGAAACUGGCUUGCUACGCCGAUGACCCCCGUGAACCCGAUCUCAUUGGUGAAACCAUUGUCGAUUUGACGGAGGUUUUGACCAAAGGAGAGACAGACGGUAUGGCCUCUCAAUUCAUGAUGAAUCCUCCAGGAUCUCACAACCGUAUCCGUGUCCAGAGUAAAGUUUACUUGGAGCUGACUUUCUGGUCGAACGAACCUGUUCCGGAAAAGAAAUUGACGCCGAAGCCCACCAAAGCGAACAAACAAUAUGGAGGCCCAGGUUCUUUCGUCCCGUCAGGUGAACCCUCACCUGCGCAUUCAUCGAGGGUAGCAUCAACAAGUGGUGCAUACGCCCAUUCUCGCCAAACAUCGGAAACGCUGCCUUCCUCAUUACGGCCCUCAGGUUCCGCCCAUCUUGACCUCUACGUCGCCCCAUACGAGCAGAGAAGCAAAAUUUUGCCAGUCGAUAUCCUUGCCCGUGAUUUUGAAGAAUUUGGAGUGGCUGAACCACAUCGCCGAAGAGACAGUCUUCCAAUAUCUCACCGUAGCUUAAAGCCUGUCCCAACUGGGUACGGACAUCGCCCACAGUCAACUGCAUCGACCCUCACAUCCUACCACUCAUACGGGCACGAGCCGUCCAUAUCUGAUGCAUCUUCUCUGUACUUGUAUGAUCGGCCAUUGACACCUCCAGGUCAGUCGUCGCAUGUUCAGAACUCGUUGCCUGGUCCCAUGCAAACCUACUCCCCGCACAAUUCCUACCAACCUCCAUACGACCCCGUGCCCCAACCGGCAUAUCAAACUCCAACCCGUGGCCCGCGACAUAGCAUGCCCACGUCCUCUUCGGGGUUCGUUCCUCUUCAAUCGUCAGGGUUUGUGCCUUUACAACCCCCGCUUUCCGAGAACUCUAGCUUUGCUCCGUCCGUAUCGUAUACUCCUUCGCCGUCGGGCUACAACGCCGCUCAAUUUCUCCCGACGUACGCACCACCCCCUCCCCAGACACCAAUGCCAACAAACUAUCUGCCGCCGUCAAGUUCAGGAACCUUCCUUCAACAGCCUUUCACCACCUCUCAAUCCUUCGGAUAUUCUCAGUUCACUAUACCACAGUCAACGUCAGCUCCGCCUCAGCAAUAUCUACCAGCGACUCAAUCCCCUGUAUCUCUUACCUUGCAGACAAAUCCAGCACCUCCACAAACGUAUCAGAAUUAUCCAACAACCCCAUCAAUAUCCCAUGAUAACCUUUUACCCCACCCUCCUGCUCCCCCCAUGAAUUUUCAACCCGGAAAUAGCAAUGGUAGUUCUCGUCCUCUCCCACAACAACCUCAGCUUGUAUAUACCCAACCGCCCGUUCAAGUUGCCACUCCACCGUCAGGAAACUCCCCGCAGCACCUAAGUUCGUAUAGCCCUACGCAGACUGGCAACGUGUUCCCCAACAACACUUACUCAACCAUACCGCCUCCCCCGCCCUUGCAAUAUAGCACAGAACCCCAGCUGUACACCAGUUCUCAGGCUGUGGUCCCUCCUCCCCCUCCUCCUCCACCUCUCAUUAAUACACAACCACGACGUCAUGCAAGUUUACCUCACCCGCCCGUUCUAUACCAACAACCACAGCCGCCGGUGUUCCAACCUCCUCCUCCUCCUCCUCCUCCCCCUCUCACAGAAUCCUAUACUCACGCUCAACCUCCCCCUCCCCCGCUGCCUACCCACGACAGCAAACAGAAUUUUACUUUGGGCCCCCCUCCCAAACCUCCUGCGCCAGUGGUGGACAACCACUGGUCACCUCAACAAUCACAACAGAACGGCUAUACAGCCCAGGCGUAUUGA